AUGAAAGAAUUUACACGGCUAAAUAUGGAAUUUGAGAAACUUCUUUCUACCGCCGUCACCGUGGGUAGAUUAGAAAUAGUAAGGAAACGAUACUUCGAUAUUUGCGGUUUUGUUACAGAAAUUGAUGAUGCCUUUCUGCCGUUCGUCUCGGGAUAUAUAGUGAGCGGUCUUACUACUAUUUGCCUUGAUAUACAUGCUUUAUUGUAUGGUUUCUUGUCUCACACUGAAGUAGUUGCCUAUGGUGGAAUUAUUGGAAUAGCAACGUUCGAAUUGAUACUAAUCCUUGUCAAUGGUAGUCUAAUAGAGUCAAAGAGCAAAUGUUGUUUAGAGACAAGUAAACGGUUCAAUAUGAAUAAAUUAAAUACUGAAACUAUGAGUGCAUUUACAUUGUUUUUAGAGAAUAUGAAGAAUACAGAUACGGGACUGAGUUUUCUCAAAUUAUUUAUUGUGGACAAAACAGCUAUGUUAACUAUAGCUGGUACCUUGAUUUCUUAUAUAAUAGUUGUGUUACAGAUGAAACCCACCUAA